ACAGCGGGUGUGAGGGGCAGAGAACAGCGGGUGUGAGGGGGCAGAGCACAGCGGGUGUGAGGGGUAGAACACAGUGGGGUGUGAGGGGGAAGAGCACUGGCUGUUGGCACACCCUGCCUACAUUAUUGUGCGGUCUGUCUGUAUGCCUGGGCUGCUGAGCUCACAGGCUCUGCCUUCUCCACCCUCAUUUAGCGCAGACAGUAAAUAUUAGUGUAUCAUUAGUGAGGUCAGCAAGUUAAUUGUAUAUUCUGCAAUGCGCAAAAUUAUUUAACAUAAAACAUGGAAUAUAUGUAUACAUAUUACAUUAAAUGCAACACUCUAUGCAUUUUAGACACUAUUAUUCUUAUACUCAAAUUAAUAUAAACAACAUGAAAUGUUCUAAAUUUUUGUAAAUACUUAUCAUAUUAAUUCAAUUUGAUUCUAGAAAAUAGCAGCAAGUACAUUGAAGGUGGCACACAAUUAAUAUUCAUGCUGGCAACCCAUUAUCAAGGUUGUUUGUAUAGGGAAAGGGAAAGGUAUAGAGGACAUCAGUGGUAGAAAAUGAUGAUUUAUACUCUUAUAGUUGGCUUAUGGCCUGUAAUUAUGGAAUACUCAUGUUACAAACACAAAUGAUAAUAAUUGAAUUACCAAGAAGAAAGUAACAAACAUUCAAACUAACCAGCAUUCUCAAUGUUCUGUAGUGUGUGGUAAUGCACACACACACACACACACACACACACACACACACACACACACACACACACACACACACACACACACACACACACAAACAUUAUUCUCUUCCUCAGGUGAAGAAGGCUAAACGUGAUUGAUUGGCUGGCGAAGUGGUCUUUCCCCUGUGAUCCAACCGCAGGGUCAUAAGAUCUCAUAUUAUAACUACUGCACUACUACCAACAUAAAUCCAAACCAUUUCAUAGGCUAACAGUUUUCGCUUCAAUGCACCCGUUCAAAAUUCAUAUGCAGAGCCAUGAUGACACAGUAAUGGACACAGUUGUUGGAAAAUACUCUUAAAUCCGCCAUAGUCUCUUACAGAACAUAAACCAUUCAUAAAUCUAUGAGCCUACUUAAUCAACGAGUUGGUCUAUCGUAAAGGAAGGCAGAUAUGCAUUGAUUCAGUCGCUGUCCUGCAUGUGAUGGGUUUUAUUCUCAUCAAAUAGAGAUAUUACAGGUGACAAUUCAGUAUAUCACGAUGGGCUAUGGAAAUAACUAUGCAUGAUAACUAUGCAUGUUUUAUGACUAUGCAUAGCCAUAAAACAUCAUGGACUGCUUAGAUUUAUGGAAUAGGAUGAGAAAUAAAGGGUAAAUGCAAUCACAUUAUCUACAUAGACUAUUUAUCACUGACAUUAAUCUGAUUAAAAACAGCUAGCAGGUGAAACUGUGCAUGCAGUACUUUCUCUGGACCACUAGUCGUUGCUCUUUCCCUGCAGUAUGAGCGCAAAGGCUACAUAGGGGGCUUUUCAGUAGUUUGAAAAUGUUAGUAGGACUCUGAGCGGGUCCUCUGCUGGGAUUGGUUUGAGAUCCACUAUCUUCUUUCCGUGAUUGGCCAAGAGGUGUUCAAGGGGUGUGAGAAGUGGUGUGGAGGGGAGGGGGCCCAAGGUCUUUCUCGCAUCCGGCUUCACCUAUUCCCUUCGUGCCACAAGCCUCCAAGUAUUAGGUUUUCAUACACUGCGUACAGUACGGUUUGAAAUGUGACUCAAAAUAAGCACUGGUGGAAUACUAUUCUGUGGCAGCUGAAGGACUUGUGUUUACACCUUUUUGAAAGGGAGAGGAAAGGCAGACCACCUUUGCCAUGCCAGUGGAUUUCUUUGCGAUUUUAUGCGUGAUUGCUACGGUUUACGCAGUGGAAGAGACAGUGAUGGACACGCGGACGGCCACAGCAGAGCUGGGUUGGAUAGCGUAUCCUGCCUCUGGGUGGGAGGAGGUGAGUGGUUACGAUGAGAACCUCAACACCAUCAGGACCUACCAGGUGUGUAAUGUGUUCGAGCCCAGCCAGAACAACUGGCUCCUCACCACCUUCAUCGACAGACGAGGGGCUCAGCGUGUCUAUGUGGAGAUGCGUUUCACCGUACGUGACUGCAGCUCCAUCCCCAGUGUCCCCGGCUCCUGUAAGGAGACCUUCAACCUCUACUACUACGAGACAGACUCGGUCAUCGCCACCACCAAGGGAACCGCCUUCUGGAUGGAAGCCCCCUACCUGAAGGUGGACACCAUUGCGGCUGACGAGAGCUUCUCCCAGGUGGACUUCGGUGGACGAUUGAUGAAGGUCAACACGGAGGUGCGGAGCUUCGGCCCGCUGUCUCAUAAUGGUUUCUACCUGGCCUUCCAGGACUACGGGGCCUGCAUGUCUCUGCUGUCCGUACGUGUCUUCCAUAAGAAGUGCCCCAGCGUGGUGCAGAACUUUGCCAACUUCCCCGAGACCAUGACGGGUGCCGAGAGCACCUCCUUGGUCAUUGCCAGAGGCACGUGCAUCGCUAACUCAGAGGAGGUGGAUUUUCCCAUCAAGCUGUACUGCAACGGAGAUGGAGAGUGGAUGGUUCCCAUCGGGAGCUGCACCUGCAAGGCUGGCUUUGAGCCAGACAACGGCAACGUCUGUAGAGCGUGUCCCCAGGGGACGUUCAAGUCCACCCAGGGGCCAGGGCUGUGUCUGCAGUGCCCCCCCAACAGCCGCUCCACUGUGGAGGCUGCCACUAUCUGCGGCUGCCGUAACGGAUACUACAGAGGAGACAUGGACCUGCCCGAGGCCUCCUGCACCAGUGUCCCCUCUGGUCCCAGAAACGUCAUCUCCAUCGUCAACGAGACCUCGGUAAUCCUGGAGUGGCAUCCUCCAAGGGAGACUGGCGCCCGUGAUGACAUCACCUACAACAUCGUGUGCAGGAAGUGCCGUGCAGACCGGCCAUCAUGCUCCCAUUGUGAUGACAACGUGGAGUAUGUACCCAGGCAGCAGGGUUUGACCGAGACCAGAGUGUUCAUCAGUAACCUGUGGGCCCACACCCCCUACACCUUCGAGAUACACGCUUUCAAUGGAGUCACCAACAAGAGUCCCUACCCUGCUCAGCACGUGUCCAUCAACAUCACCACUAACCAGGCUGCUCCCUCCAUGGUUCCCAUCAUGCACCAGGUUAGCUCCACCAUGAAGAGCUUCACGUUGUCAUGGCCACAGCCGGAGCAGCCCAAUGGAAUCAUUCUGGACUAUGAACUGAGGUACUACGAGAAGUCACACAGAGCUAAUGAGUAUAAAUCAGAGCUAAGGGAGCAGCUGCCUCUGAUUGCAGGCUCAGCGGCUGCAGGAGUGGUCUUCCUGGUGUCCUUGGUGGCCAUCUCCAUCGUCUGCAGCAGGAAGAGAGCGUACAUGAAGGAAACUAUAUACAGCGACAAACUUCAGCACUGCAGUACAGGCAGAGAACUUUCUCUGAGACCGGACAUGUCCAGCUGUCCCUCCCCCAUGGCAUGCCCCACCCACUUCUCUGGCUCGCCAGCGAUGAAGAUCUACAUCGAUCCCUUCACCUACGAGGACCCCAACGAAGCCGUCCGAGAAUUUGCCAAAGAGAUAGACGUAUCCUGUGUGAAGAUUGAGGAGGUCAUUGGUGCAGGCGAGUUUGGAGAGGUGUAUAAGGGUCGCCUGAAGCCGUCUGGGAAGAGGGAGCUGUACGUGGCCAUUAAGACCCUGAAGGCGGGCUACGUGGAGAAGCAGAGAAGAGACUUCUUGUCUGAGGCCAGCAUCAUGGGCCAGUUUGACCACCCCAACAUCAUCAGACUGGAGGGCGUGGUCACCAAGAGUCGGCCAGUCAUGAUUAUCACAGAGUUUAUGGAGAAUGGGGCCCUGGACUCCUUCCUGAGGCAAAAUGACGGGCAGUUCACGGUGAUCCAGCUGGUGGGGAUGAUGCGUGGCAUCGGGGCGGGCAUGAAGUACCUGGCAGAGAUGAACUACGUCCACAGAGACCUGGCCGCCCGCAACAUCCUGGUCAACAGCAACCUGGUGUGUAAGGUGUCUGACUUUGGCCUGUCCCGUUACCUACAGGACGACACGUCAGACCCCAUCUAUACCAGCUCCCUGGGAGGGAAGAUCCCGGUGAGGUGGACAGCCCCUGAGGCUAUUGCCUACAGGAAGUUCACCUCAGCCAGUGACGUGUGGAGCUACGGCAUCGUCAUGUGGGAGGUGAUGUCAUUUGGCGAGCGGCCGUACUGGGACAUGAGCAACCAGGACGUGAUCAAUGCCAUAGAGCAAGACUACCGUCUGCCCCCUCCCAUGGACUGCCCCACAGCACUACACCAGCUGAUGCUGGACUGCUGGCAGAAAGACAGAAACGCCCGGCCCAAAUUCACUGACAUCGUCAACACACUGGACAAGAUGAUCCGCAACCCUAUCAGCCUCAAAGCUGUGGCCACCAUCACUGCAGUGCCUUCUCAGCCCCUGCUAGACCGCUCCAUUCCAGACUUCACCACCUUCACCUCUGUGGAGGACUGGCUAGGUGCCAUCAAGAUGGGGCAGUACAGAGACACUUUCCUGGGCUCUGGCUUCACCUCCCUACCCCUGGUGGCUCAGAUCAGCUCAGAAGACCUGUUGAGGAUAGGAGUGACCCUGGUCGGCCAUCAGAAGAAGAUCCUGAGCAGUGUCCAGUCUAUGAGGGACCAGAUGGCCCAGUCCCCCAGCUCCAUGGCCUGACCACAGGGUGCGCCACCACCACCCAGAGACAACCCACCAGGGAGCCCAUAGGAAAGCUCCUGAUGACCCUAAAGAAUACACCAGGGUGGAGACACUAACCUGAUUUAAAGAACGACCAUAUGGCACAUACAUAACAGCAUGCACGCUCCCAACACACACUCUCAACACACACUCUCAACAGGUAAAGAGAGUUUACUGAAGAUACAAAGGGGUAGAAGAUAAAAUUCUGCCUCAGGACAACUUCAAUGGUUCAGUUAAGGUAGUCUAUAAAGUUGUCUUCUUUUUUGCUGAAGAAGAGAGCAAGCAGAAGAGCAAGGGUGUCUGUUUGCUUGCUGUGACAGAUCGUCAUAAAAUGCUAAAAUAAAAUAUAUUUAAAAAAAACGGUGCUAAUUUAUGAGGAUCAAUGGGUUGACUUGGCCAAAGGACAACAUCAAACAGUGUCACCCAGAUUGGAAAAACAAACAAAAGGGUACAGAACCAGUCAAAGGUUUGGACACACCUACUCAUUCAAGGGUUU